CACUAUAUACUGAGACUGCCGUUCACCACACUGUUUACUGCACGCUCGGUUAAUAAAGCCAACCCCUCGCUUUGACAAUAACAGUAUCGAAGAUGCAGCUCACACUCGCACUCGCCUCGGCGCUCUUGGGCCUUGCCGUGGCCGCACCUCAGGGAGUGACUGAGAAGUUGACACCCACCGGCGCCGCUCCCGCCGGCUGCACAGCAAGCGUCGAUGGCAAAUUCGAAAUUACAGUCGCUAGAGUAACGGAAGAAAAACGAAGCCUUCCUGAGAAAAGGGCAGAAUGCGGCGCCGAGGGCGUCCUUGUUCUCAAACUGAAGGAUGGCUCGACUUAUGAUGCUCAGGGCCGCACUGGAUACAUCGCGUCCAACUACCAGUUCCAGUUUGACGCCCCGGCUCAAGCUGGCGCUCUCUUCACCAGCGGCUUCUCGCUCUGCGACAACAACAUUAUGGCGCUGGGCUCUUCGAAGACUUUCUACCAAUGCCUGUCUGGAGACUUUUACAACCUCUACGAUCGCACAUGGGCCGAGCAAUGCGAGCCCGUCUCCCUCAUCGCUAUCCCUUGUGGUUCUAAAGGUUCUGCCGACCAGUCUCCUGACGGCCAGAUUGUCGGAACAACGGUUGUACAGACAACGAUAAUCACGGCGCUGUCUGAUGGGCAGCCCCAGGUGGUCACGACGUCGGUGCCCGUUCCUGUCUAUAGCACCUACGUGCCUGUGAGCGAGUACACCGACGGUCAGAUCCAAGUGACACCUACUGGUACUGUGAGUGUGCCAGUAUCGACUCCGACACCAACGGAGACGGAAACGGCUCCCCCUCCGCCGCCACCUGAGACGACGCCCAUCGUCACUCCUCCUGAGACCUCGGUUUCUGUUCCUGUGACCAGCGCCGAGUCAUCGUCGAGUGCCGCCAGCUCUUCGGUAGAGACCCCAUCAGUUACCACCCCCGCAGAGACCUCCAGUGCUCCGGCCUCAUCUUCUUCGGCACCCCCUGCCACGACCUCGGCCCCGUCAACUGGUGGCUCGUCGCACGUUGCGGAAGGCUCGAUGGGUGCUCUAGUCUUUGGCGUCGUGGUCGCUUUCCUCUGCUUGUAAGCACAUUUGAAGGUUGGAUGUCAGCAAAACAAUGGGAGACAGAGGGUCCGUCUCCUCUGCAUUGGCUCAGAACGAUACGUAAUGAAAGAAAUAUUUAUGAGAGUUGGCUUCUGAGGCUAAUGGCAAUGCGAGGAAUAACACAUGCAACGGACCGGGAUUUAAUAAGGCAAAAGAAGGAUGUAAUCUCGAAUUCCCGUGGCAAG